ACUCCAUGUUGAGCUCCCGAUUUCAGGAUAAAGCCUCCUAGACCUGGCCCAGGAAACACCAGAUGUCUUCACUGCCCAGUUUGAAGGAAUUCUGUCAUCUUGCUUCGUGAAUUUCACACUUCGAUGCUCCCAGAGAACACAGGUCAAGAGCUGAGAGAUCAUCCUUUGAAAGGAAGCUCUAAAUUCAACCAAUAUGUCUGUGAAAAUGACAGCAGCCCUGCUCCUGAUGCACUUGAGCAUCUUCUUUGGAUCUGGGACUGGUGGGAAGGUGCUUGUGUGGCCAGUAGAGUUCAGCCAUUGGCUCAACUUAAGAACAAUCCUAGAUGAGCUUGUGAAGAAGGAUCAUGAAGUGACCGUACUGAUACCGUCAGUUUCCUUCUCAUAUGAGGUUGAGAACACAUCUACUAUUAAGUAUGAGAUGUACCCUGCAUCAUAUUCCAUGGCUGAUAUAGAAGAACUUUUUGAGGAUGACUUCCGUAAGAGCAUAUAUGAGCUGCCAAAGCAGUCAUUUUUUGGAUACUUUUUAAUGAUGCAAGAAAUGUUUUUGAUAGAUUCAGAUUAUUCUGAGAGUCUCUGCAAAGAUGUAGUUUUUAACAAAGAAAUCAUGACAAAGCUACAAAACUCUAGCUUUGAUGUCAUUCUGGCAGAUCCUUUCAUACCUUGUGGUGACCUGCUGGCCGAGAUUCUCAAGAUACCCUUUGUGUACAGUCUCCGCUUCUUUCCUGGCUCCACAUAUGAAAAGUACAGUGGAGGACUGCCACUGCCUCCUUCCUAUGUGCCUGUUGCUCUGUCAGAACUGAGCGAUAGAAUGACAUUCAUGGAGAGAGUGAAAAAUGUCAUCUAUACACUGUGUUUUGACUUUUGGUUCCAAACAUUUAAUGAGAAGAGGUGGAAUCAGUUUUACACUGAAGUAUUAGGAAAACCCACAACACUCACAGAAACUAUGGCAAAGGCAGACAUAUGGCUCAUUAGGACCUACUGGGAUUUGGAAUUUCCUCAUCCUGUCUUACCAAAUUUUGAGUUUGUUGGUGGACUCCACUGCAGACCUGCCAAGCCCCUGCCUAAGGAAAUAGAAGACUUUGUCCAGUCAUCUGGAGAACACGGUGUUGUGGUGUUUACACUGGGAUCCAUGAUAGGCAACCUAACAGAAGAAAGGGCCAAUGUGAUUGCAGCAGGCCUUGCCCAGAUUCCACAGAAGGUUCUGUGGAGAUUUGAAGGCAAGAAGCCAGAAACCUUGGGUUCCAACACUCGCCUGUACAAAUGGAUCCCCCAGAAUGACCUUCUAGGUCAUCCAAAAACCAGAGCUUUUGUAACUCAUGGUGGCACCAAUGGCAUCUAUGAGGCGAUCUACCACGGGAUUCCUGUAGUUGGCAUUCCUUUGUUUGCAGACCAAUAUGACAAUAUUGUUCACUUGAAGACCAAAGGAGCAGCUAUUAGACUAGACUUUCUCACAAUGUCCAGUACAGAUUUGGUCACUGCACUGAAGACAGUCACUAAUGACCCUUCCUACAAGGAGAAUGCCAUGCGGUUAUCAAGAAUCCACCACGAUCAGCCAGUGAAGCCCCUGGACAGAGCAGUCUUCUGGAUUGAAUAUGUCAUGCGCCACAAAGGAGCCAAGCAUCUUCGUGUGGCAGCUCAUGACCUCAACUGGGUCCAAUACCACUCUCUGGAUGUGCUUGGGUUCCUGCUGGCCUGUGUGGCAUCUGUGCUGUUUGUCCUCACAAAGUCUUGCCUCUUUUGUUGUCAGAAGUUUACUAAAGCUGGAAGGAAGAAGAAAGGGGAGUAGCUGAACUGAGGAAGACAAACACAGGGACCUCCUCAGUGCAUCACAGAAAGGGUGGCAAUGAGGGCUGGGUCCUUCAUCCUGUGUCAAGAUAAGUUUUCAAAAACUACUUAUCAAGUCAUGACAUUGCUUUUUCUCCCAGAGAAUUAAUAGUUCUUUUGGAAUUAGUUUUUCAGCCAAAGAUAAAAUUGAAAGGGAAAAAAACUAAAAUUAACACCAAAAUUAAAUUCAAAUCAACAUGAA